AUGUAUUCCAUCUAUCUAUAUCUUUAUAUCUAUUUAAUUUUUCAUCUAUCUAUCGGUCUAUCUAUCGUUUUCAGAAUCUAUCUGCCUAUCCGUGUAUUUUUUUUCUCUCAAGCUAUCUUUCUCUCUAUCUCUCUAUAUAUAUAUGAAUAUCUAUCUAUCUUCCUAUCUAUUAUCUAUCUAUCUAUGUAUCUUUUAAUUUUCAUCUAUCUAUCUAUCUAUCCAAUCUAUCUAUCUAUGAGUCGUUUAUCUAUCCAUGUAUCUAUUCAGAUAUUCUAUCUAUCAUGUCUAUCUAUCUAUCUUUCAUCUUUCCAUCUAUCUAUCUAUCCACGGUCUUUUAAUGAAAAUAUUCAUCUAUCUAUCUAUCUAUCUAUCGAAAUAUCUAUCUAUCUAUCUAAAGAUCUAUCAAUCUAUCUAUCUAUCUAUCUAUCACAUAUCCAUCACUCUAUCUGUCUAUCUUUUAUCUAUGAAUCUAUCUAUCUAUGUAUCUGUCAUAAAAUCUAUCUAUCUAUCUAUCUAGGUCUUUUAAUAUCUAUCUAUCUAUCUAUCUAUCUAUCUAUCUAUCUAUCUAUUCUAUCUAUCUCUUAUCUAAUAUCAAUGAAUCUAUCUAUCUAUCUGGUCUUUUAUUCAUUGAAUCUAUCUAUCCCAUAUCAUUCUAUCUAUCUAUCUAUCUAUCUAUCUAUCUAUCUGUCUUUUAAUUCAAUAAAUCUAUCUAUCUAUCUAUCUAUCUUUUCUUUCUAUCUAUCUAUCUAUCUAUCUAUCGUAUCUUUAUUAUCUAUCUAUCUAUCUAUCUUUAAUUUCUAUCUAUCUAUCUAUCUAUCUUUUAUCUAUCUAUCUAUCUAUCUAUCUAUCUAUCUAUCUCAUCAGUCCCAUGAUUCUAUCUUCAAUCUAUCUAUCUAUCUAUCUCAUCUUUUAAUCUAUCUAUCUAUCUAUCUAUCUAUCUCAGUCUUCUUCUUUUAA